AAUUGCUUGUUGAUAAAUUGAAGAAAAAAAAUGGAGCAAGAAUCCCAAAAGAGAAAGCUAGAAGAGACUAGUCUUGAGAUUGAGCCUCAAAAUACCCCAAUUUUAUGUGCAAAUAAUUGUGGAUUCUUUGGGAGUUCAAGCUCCAAUAAUCUUUGUUCAAAGUGCUACAAAGAUUAUAUGUUGAAACAAUCCAAAAUCUUUGAUGAAGAAUCGAAAAAGAGCGAGAAAAAAUCGGUUGUAGAGGAAAUUGAGACGAGCCAGUUGGGAAAGAGGGUUUUGUUGUGGUACAACAGGGUGUUGCAAGUGAGGGGCUGUCGUCGGGGAAUGUGAGAAGGGGGAAUGAGAAUGUUGAGAAACCACCUCGCAAUAGGUGCAAUUUUUGCAAGAAAAGGGUUGGCUUGACGGGGUGUAAGUGCUGGUGUGGGCAGACGUUUUGCUUCUAUCAAGAGUGUGUUUGAUUACAAGAGUGCAGGGCAGGAUGCUAUUGCGAAGGCAAAUCUGGUGGUGAAGGCUGAUAAGAUUGAGAAGGUAUGAUGGGGAGCGGGGGAUGGUGGCAGUGGUGAUGGCGGUUUGGUGUAUGAAGAAUGGUGUUGGAGAUAAUAAGUUGCCUCCAUUGCUUUGGUUUAGAAAUUUUGAGAAACUUGAAAAGCUUGAAUCUAUAUUUUAAUCAAAUCAACACUUCUCUAGCAAGUUCAGGAAUAUGUGAAUUGAAGAACUUGGCUGUAUUGGAUCUCAGUUUCAACAAUUUCUAUGAUCAGCACUUGAAAUGCCUUCACAACUUGACUAACCUUAAAGGCCUUGAUUUUUGAAUCAAUCGGUUAAGUAGGAAGUACUUGUCGUAUGUUGCUGAUGAUCUCACAUCCCUAGAAUAUUUGUCACUGCACGAGAAUAUCGAUACAAUUUUGCCUAGAUUGUCAUAUAUGGAUAUGUCAGAAUUUAUUAGAAGGUAAUAUUCCUUCUUCAAUGGAUGGAAUUAAAAGACUUAAUCUUUUGGAUUUGUCUAGCAAUAAUUUUUCAAGAGAGUUAUCAGAUGAUUUUGUUAACUGUUGCUUCUUAUUAGAAUUACUAAGACUAUCAGAUAACAAAUUUCGGGGGCAGAUUUUUCCUAAGCAUAUGAACCUAACACAAUUACAAUGGUUAUACUUGGACAAUAACAACUUCAGUGGGAAGAUUGGAAAUGGGCUCUUAAAUGCAACUUUUUUAAUUGUCUUAGAUAUCAAUAACAACAAGGUAUCUGGUCAAAUUCCACAUUGGAUUGACAAAUUUUCAAGUAUUUUUUGUCUUUUAAUGUCAAAUAAUCUUCUAGAAGGUAGUAUUCCCAUUCAACUAAGCAAUCUUGAAAGUUUUUUGGUACUAGAUGUCUCUGAAAAUAGGUUGUUGGGAUCUCUAGCACAUGACUUUAAUCUUUCGGUGGACUAUCUUUACAUGCAAAAGAAUGCUCUUAAUGGAUCAAUCCCAAAAUCAUUGUUUGAAAACUCUAAAUUGAUUACAGUUGAUUUGAGAGGUAACAAGUUUUCUAGAAAUAUUGAUCCCCGUUCGUUUAAUGAUCACUUAAUUCUUCAUUUUCUUCUCUUGUCAAACAAUCACCUACAAGGCAAUAUUCUUGACCAAUUGUGUCAAUUAAGAAACCUAGAUCUCUUAGAUCUUUCACAUAACGAACUCAAUGGGUCAAUUUUAUCAUGUUUUACUAAUUUGACAUGUUGGAGUAUGGUAGGGGAGAUUGAUUGUAAACCUCUCAUUUCAGAGUAUUCUUGGGGUAUUGAUAUUGAUGAUAAACUAGAUUUUGUCUAUGAUUCAUUUUCUUUCAUGAAAAUCUUUUCUAUAUCAUUACGUCCACAAAUAGACCACAAGGUCGAAUUUACGAUGAAAAAUAGACUAGAGUCGUAUAAGGGAUAUACUUUUGGUCAUGUUUCUGGAUUGGAUUUGCCAGACAAUGAAUUAACUAGUAAAAUCCCAUAAAAAGUUAGAGCUUCAAGGAAUCUUAUCAUUGAAUUUGUCUUACAAUUCAUUAUCAAGACUUGUACCAAAUAGUUUUGCCCGUUUGAAAGAGAUAGAGAGCCUAGACCUUUCCCACAAUAAAUUAAGUGGCCAAAUUCCUCCACAGUUAACUCAGCUAUAUUUUUUAGAGGUCUUUUAUGUGGCAGACAACAACUUAUCGGGAUCCAUUCCUAAUCUUUGUGGUCAAUUUGGGAGUUUUAAUGAAAGUAGUUAUGAAGGCAAUCCUUAUCUUUGUGGUCAAUUAAUUAAGAAGAAUUGCACUAAUGCGACAAUACCACAACCUCUAGCAGCUAUAAAAGAUGAAGAUGAUAAUGAAUAUGUUAUUGACAUAGAAGCAUUCGGCUGGAGUUUUGUUGGGUCAUAUGUCACAACUAUAUUGGUGUUGAUAAUGAUCUUUGAAUCAACUCGUAUUGGUGUAGAAUCUGGUUUAAUUUCAUUGAUGUAUGUCUUUAUUUAUGUUUUUACUGGUUUUCCAAGUAUGUUUGACAUUGACUUUGAUUAAUAUGUGCACCAUAAUAAGUUGCUACCA